ACUCGUCGUUGCAAUAAAAACGAAGCUCUCACAGAGGAGGGAGUCUGUAGAGAGCGAGAGUACCGUUACUCUGUGUUUCUAGAGAGAGAGAGAAAGAGAGAUACCGUGAGGGUGAAGAGAGAGAAAGAAUGGAGGAUCGGGAGGAGCAGGAGGAGGAGGAGGUGCUGGGGUCGAGCUUGACGAUGGAGAAGGUGGCGGCGGCCAAGCAGUUCAUAGAGAACCACUACAGAGCUCAGAUGAAGAACAUUCAGGAGCGGAAGGAGAGACGCUGGGUGUUGGAAAGGAAAUUAGCUUCGUCAGAUGUGCCAAAGGAGGUACAAAUCAACCUGAUCAAAGACUUAGAGCGAAAAGAGACAGAAUUUAUGCGACUUAAAAGGCACAAGAUAUGCGUUGAUGAUUUUGAGCCUUUGACCAUCAUUGGUAGGGGGGCCUUUAGUGAGGUCCGAUUGUGUCGGGAGAAAAAAUCUGGCAAUAUCUACGCCAUGAAAAAGUUGAAGAAAUCUGAAAUGCUUAAGAGAGGACAGGUGGAACAUGUUAGAGCUGAAAGAAACUUGCUGGCAGAAGUUGCCAGCCAUUGCAUAGUUAAACUAUACUACUCCUUCCAAGAUGCAGAGUACUUAUACUUAAUCAUGGAAUAUCUGCCUGGGGGUGACAUGAUGACUCUGCUGAUUAGGGAAGACACCUUAACUGAAAGUGUGGCUAAAUUUUACAUUGCACAGAGCGUACUGGCCAUAGAAUCUAUUCAGAAACACAACUACAUCCACAGAGACAUUAAGCCAGACAACCUGCUUCUGGACAAAAAUGGUCACAUGAAACUCUCAGAUUUUGGCCUCUGUAAGCCUCUUGACUGUACAACUUUACCUGCACUGCAUGAAAAUAGAACUAUGGAUGAUGAAAAUAUGACAGAACCAAUGGACAUCGACACAUGUGUUCCUGAUGCGGAUAAUCGGAGUAGUUGGAAAAGCCCUGCUGAACAGCUGCAACAUUGGCAGAUGAACAGGAGAAAGUUGGCAUUUUCAACUGUGGGGACACCCGACUACAUUGCACCUGAAGUGUUAUUGAAGAAAGGAUAUGGGAUGGAAUGCGACUGGUGGUCAUUGGGAGCAAUAAUGUACGAAAUGCUUGUUGGUUACCCUCCAUUUUAUUCAGAUGAUCCAAUAACUACAUGCAGAAAGAUUGUUCAUUGGAGAAACCACUUAAAGUUUCCAGAAGACGCAAGGUUGACAGCUGAGGCUAAGGAUCUUAUUUGCAGGUUGCUGUGUGAUGUUGAACAUAGGCUAGGUACUGGUGGGGCACAUCAAAUCAAAUCUCAUCCUUGGUUCAAGGACGUUGUGUGGGACAAACUCUAUGAAAUGGACGCAGCAUUCAAGCCAGAAGUGAAUGGGGAGCUUGAUACCCAGAACUUUAUGAAGUUUGAUGAGGUAUCUUACAAGAUCUCAGCAAGAACUGGAUCUUCACGAAAGUUACAAAUGACUCCCAAAGAUUUAAGCUUUGUUGGCUACACAUACAAGAACUUUGAUGCUGUGAAAGGGCUUCGCCAAGCUCUUGGGGAAGCUAGAGUAGAUUUUACUGCUGAAAGGGCAGCCAAGGAAGCUGAGUUACAGAUGCUUGCAUCAGCUGGUGAUCCCAUGUUACCAUAACACCAAAUCCCUAGGGAUAAAAAGUGACAAGCUGAGCGUGCAGAUGUAUGCUCAUGUCCUUAUUCGGGUUCAUAUUCAAAAGAAACUCGGCAUAUCUUUUGAAGUGGCUGCCGCGCAGUUAGCCAGAUUACCAUUAAGUGUACAGUAAGUAACUAUUGAAGACGACCAUGAAAGCCCGGAAAAAGGGCGAGUGAGAGACUUCAGUAAUUAGGUUUUGUGAAUUAGCAUUUUAGAAUUAAGGUAGGCUGAGAAUUCUGGGAACUGGUUGUCCUGUCUGCCCAGGUUGGCGGUAUUUUGUGCAAUGCCUUCUCUAGUGGCAGUUUCUGGUCAAAAGUAUUAAGUAUUUCAUGGCCAAAUUACCAAGAAACUCAGUAGCCAUUUUACAAGUAACUAUUUCUCUGUUGCGGUUGUGUAAGCUUUUAAGGGAUGGACUUGAAAUUUGCUAUGAAAAGAAAUACUGUAAAAUUAUGUUGCUUCAA